AUGAAGUCAUUGAUGCAGCGGAUCAAUGAGCACAUUCGUGUGGAGGAUGAUGCCGCCUCCGCGACCGAGAAGGUUAAUCCGGUCACGGUGGACAGGAGGGUUGCGGGGAAAGUUCACUCAGUUGGGCAGGAGGAUAGCCGCCCAAACAACCGGUUGAAAGACCCGCGCCAUGGUCCAAACCGUGAUGACAGAAACAAGGGCCGCCGAAACAACCGGGCAGACCCUCCCCGUGAUGCAGCGGAGGAUGCCAAAAGAAAAUUGAAGGCGCGGACUGGGAUCACCACGGUGUUUAAAAUCCCCAUCUACCACAUUUUGAGCGAGAUUCGAAGCGAACCCUUCGUCCAGGACUGCCUGCCGCUCAAGCAACACUUAGAGGAGUUGGUGGCGGCGGGGCAUCUUGAACAAUACAUAGCUGGGGGCAUCAAGGCCACGCCAGCAGACCAAGUCGAGCCAAACGGCCUGGCCGCCCUAGAAGCACCCCCGCAAGGUGUAAUCAACGUCAUCCUCGGAAUCAUUGAACCGGCCAGGGUUUGCGAGCUGGGGGGGAUGAUCAAGAAGGCCGAGCACAUGAGGGAAGUGCUCUCUAUUCAGCCCGCUGUGAAGAAAGGAAAGACCGAAGAAAGGGACAUCCUUUCAUUCUCAACCAAGGACUUGGAAAGAGUUCAGAUGCCGCACAAUGAUGCCUUAGUAGUUACUCUUCGCGUCAAGGACUUUGAUAUCAAGAGAAUCUUGAUCGACCAAGGGAGUUCAGUCGAAAUCAUGUAUUAUGACGCGUUCAAACAGAUGAAGUUAGAAGACAAGGACUUGGCCCCUGCGACGUCUCCUUUGGUCGGCUUCAACUCACAACCGAAGUGGCCAAUCGGAAAGAUUAUUUUGCCGGUCAAAGCGGGUUCAGUAGUAAAGCAAGUGGAGUUCUGGGUGCUCAAAGUUCCAUCCACCUACAACUUAAUCUUAGGUAGGGGCUGGCUGCACACCAUGCAAGCAGUUGCCUCGACCUUCCACCAAGUCAUGCGCUUUCCGGCGUCGAGUGGGCAAAUAGAGGAAGUUUGGGGAGACCAGGUGAUGGCAAAACAAUGCUUCGUUGCGGUAAAUGGCAGCCGAGCAGCCAAAGGGUUUGUCCAAAUGAUCGAGGGGCCCGAGGAAAAAGAGGUCCUUGAAGACGUGGGAAGGAAGGCCGAGGAAAAAUCGGUCGAAGAUUUGGUGGAAGUGCGCUUUGACAAAAAUGAUCCAACUAAAUUCUUCCUCUUGGGAUCAUCUUUGUCCAGCGCCGAGCAAGCGGAUUAUGUCAACUUCUUGGUUUCCAAUUUAGAGGCCUUUGCCUGGAUGCCUUACGACAUGCCUGGCGUCGACCCGAGCUUCAUCUAUCAUUAG